AGUCAGAGAGAGAGGUGUGCGGCGUGGUAGGCGUUGCUUUUCGUCAGGGAUCAUUACCGAUUUCAGCCAGCGAGCGGUUGUCGUUCAGCGUCAGGACCGAGGGGAGGGGGGGUGUGUGUUGCAACCCCAACGGUCGGAGAGAGAGUGUUACAUGGGCUAGGGUUUCAACACCAACGGACAGCUUGGACGGGCUCAAUCGGUCGCUUUCAUUGCCCCUUGGGCUUUCCGUUGCUUCAUGGUAUCAUCGGCAGGCGACAAGACGACAACAUUCGUUCAGUUGCGUGCUGGAUCUGUCUGGCAUGCAUUUUUGGAAACAAGGGGAGAAAGAGUUCGUGAUACUCGGUUUAGUCUAAUCGAUGGUGAUGAUUUGUAGGUUGGAGUGGAGGUUAAUUCUUUUUCCCCUCUGAGCCAGCUCUCGGCUGCGUCUCAGCUCGCUCAUAGGAAUUGUCGGUUUGGUGAGUAGGGAGGGAUUGUGGAUACAGAGCUUCGUAGAAUUGUUGGAGGGUCAGUUGGUUGACGGCUUUCCACCGAGCGUGGAAAGUACGCAGAGUCCUGUCCACGCUUUCAUUACUUUGUUUUCGAGAUCUAGCCUGAGCUGUUUUAGUUGUAUGGAUGUUGCCACAUGCCAAGUGCCUCAAACAUAUGCUUGGUUGUCUCGGUAGUAGUUGGUUGACGGCUUUUCACAGAGCGUGGAAAGCAGGCAGAGUCCUGUCCACGCUUUCAUUACCUUGUUUCGGAAGUUGAGAUCUAGCCUGAGCUGUUUUAGUUGUAUGGAUGUUGCCGCAGACCAAGUGCCUCAAACAUAUGCUUAGUUGUCUCGGUAGUGUCACUCUACUCCUGCUUGCGCUCGCGUAUUUGUUUGACAAUUGUGCGUAGAUUCAGAGUGUGUAGUGAGGGGUAGCAAUCCGCAAUUUUUUUUCAAGGGUUCUGAAUUUAUUUGGAGAGGUGUGUCUCGUGGAGUUAGUAGUCAUACGUUGUGCAAUUAACUAUUUAAGUUUGAACCUAAUAGAAUUGCACUUCCGCACAGUAGAAUCACAUAGUAAUUCAGCAGCGUCUGAGUGGCGGUUGUUGGCUGAAUGCCACUGCCAAAGUCGAGUAUGGCCUCCACGUCCAAGCGACGGGUGUCUAAAGUGAAAGCUGCUCCUCCACCUGAGGAAACCAUUGAAGAAUACCGGCCCCUGGGUACUUUGUGGAAGGAAGCUUUUCCAGUGGGCACGGAAUGGGACCAAUAUGACAAAGUAUAUGAAAUAGAUUGGGAUUUCACAAACCUUGAGAAUGAGUUUGAAGAGGGAGGCAAAUUACAUGGAAAGCGUGUCUAUCUAUUUGGAUGUACAGAACCACAACUGGUGCAUUUCCCUGAGAAUUCGAGAGUUAUCCAUAUACCUGCGGUUGUCGCGGUAACAUCUCCAUUUCCUCCUUCCGAUAAGAUAGGUAUCAAGUCCGUGCAAAGAGAAGAGGAGCUAAUUGUUCCCAUGAAGGAGAUGAAAAUGGACUGGAUUCCAUUUAUCCCCCCUGAUGUGAUGGAUAUUCGUGCGGUAGAACGGGUUAAGACGAAAAUUUUCACUUUGAAAUGCACUCAGAGAAGGGCUGCCUUGAAGCAGCUAAAGCAGGAGCGGAUAAAGAAGUACGAAUACUGCCUUCCCUACAUUUACUCUCCUUUGAAGGAGGAUGAGACAGUGGAUGAAACAGUGGUGAAUAUCAUGUACCCCUUCGAGGACGAAAGCAAACCUCCGGUUGUGUGCGAGUAUGAUUGGCAGUUCGAUGAGUUCGAUGAGUUUGUUGACAAUCUGAUCACAGAAGAGGAGCUUCCUGCUGAAGAAAGGGAGAAGUUCAUGGUUUUUCUCAAAGAUCUCGUUGGCAAGGAAAAGAAAAAAGUUCGGGAGGCCAAAUUAGCACGUAAGAAGGCACUUGAAGAUAUGAGCAAAGACUUGAUUGAAGGAUUUCAGAACAUGAAAUUUUACAAGUUUUAUCCUGCAAAGAGCGACAAGUAUCCCGACAUUUCUGAGAUGAAGAGUGCAUUUAUCAAUAGGUAUUAUGGGAAGGCUACGGAGGUCCUGUAGAUUCCCCUGAACAUUACUUCGGUUCUGCAGUCGGCCACUGAAUGUCAUCCGUCUGUUGUGGAGACCUCUUAUUAGUUUGGUUUCUACACCCAGAUACCUCCAAUCCCUUUAGUUUUGUAGCUUUUGCUUCUGGAUCUUUCAUACUCAUUUCUUCUGUUCCUUCCACUUAUACUGCAUAGAUUUUUUUUCUAUGAAUAGUUAUGUUAUGGGCCUGUACGUGCCCUUGUAUAUGGAAUCCAUUAGCCACUGAUGAUUGCCUGGUAAUUCCAGUUUUACUCCACCUUGGAGUAGUGCACUUGAGUUUCUUAAACCACAAAUGUACUUGCGGGAUCUAAAGUAGCUGCGGCCAAUUUUCUUCAAUAAAGAAAAUGAGACGUCAAAACGUACCCAUCUUGUA